AUGGCUGAGGUUCCAAACACCGAGCCUUUGCCCUCUUCUAGUGAAAAUUCUGUAAUCGCUUCUGAUUGUAAAGACGAUGAAGAGCCGUCGCCUAAAAAACGUAAAACCGCUUUAGAUUCUGAUCAAAUUGAGAAAUUGGAGCACAGAUUGGGGGGCAUUCUGUGCUGCGCAGUUUGCUUGGACUUGCCUCAAGCUGCCGUUUACCAGUGUAGUAACGGGCACCUAAUGUGUGCGCCUUGCUUCACACACUUGCUGGCGGACGCGAGGCUCCGCGAUGAGACAGCCACGUGUCCCAACUGUCGCGUGGACAUCUCCAAGAACUCUGUCACGAGGAACCUGGCCGUGGAGAAGGCGGUGUCGGAGCUGCCGUCCGAGUGUAGACACUGCACUAAGGUGUUCCCGCGACACUCGCUGCAGUACCACGAGGAGAAGAUAUGCGAGGAUCGUUCGAUCCCCAGGCCGUACAAGUUUAGACAGCUGGUAGUAGAUUCCAGUCGUCGAUCUUCUCUCGCUGGUUUGGUUCGUAUUGUCAGCUCUGUGUACUUUCUCCUCCUCGCCGCUCUAAGAAGACGCUUCUUCGUGUCGGAGCUGAAGGCCACCAAGCGUCCUAGGAUGACUUCAUGUCGGUACUGCGUGUUGGGGUGUUCGUACCGUGGAGCGGCCAAGGCGGCGGCGGCGCACGAGGCCAUCUGCGCGCACCCUCGUCGCCCCGCCGCUGAGCUGAUGAGUAUGCUAGCGAGACGACAGAAGGAGCACGAACACAACCUGGCGCACUACAGGGACCUCAUGGACCUGCUCUCGUAUGAGAAGAUCACCUUCAACGACCUGCAGCUCCGCCCGUUCCGCACGGAGGAGCUCCACAAGCUGUACUUCGAGACGUGUCGGUUCACCGCCUUCGGCUUCCAGUGGCUGGUGAAGGCGUUCGUCAACAAACACCAGCGGGACCCCACGCAGAGCAACCAGAGGGAGAUCACCUACCAGUUGGUGAUGAAGAGCAAGCCGUUCGGUCCCAUGUGUGUGAAGUGGGUGUGGACGCGCGGCCCCGGGGGCUCCGCGCCGCUGCUGCCCGAAGCUGCUCAGCACACCUUCACCGAUGAGGAGGCUUCCCCCGCUAGGGCUCUGCCCCUUGCCGACCCGGACGACGCCAACCGCCUGCUCGCCAGCAAGGCCGUUCACUUCCGAGAACUCUGA